CUCUCAUGAAAAGGGCCCAACUCUCGCCGAAUAGGGCAGAACCCAAGCUAAAGAAGGCCAAAGUGUCGACAGCAGUUGCGGAGCAGGUGGUGAAUGAUGUUGCCGUGGAGGACGACGGCGAAUGGACAAAGGUGGAGAGGAGAAAACACAAGAAGGCCAAGAAAACAGCGGUGAAGAUGGAUAUGACAGUACCGCGAUUCAUGUACUCGAAUGCGGAUAUCACUCAGCGACACCGUGCCGUAGGGAUAGAGGAAAUUCGCGAUCUUUCUUUGCACAUUAUUGCGGAUGCGCCACCGCCGAACUGGUUACGAAUAGACAAUGCACCCUUGAUUCCAAAGAUUAUUGUCCUCCUCAUUCCAGGACUUACCACGGAACUUCUCUCGUUACCUCCAUUUCCAACGUCUCCCCUAGUCAAUCCCAACGUUCCCAUACCGAUACCCUUACCACCCAAGGUCGUGUCUGGAGGUCCGACUACCAAUGUCCCUUUCAUUGCUUCUACAUUUAGCCAUGCCUGUCCAACUCGUGCACCUGGUGACCAGACCCGCAUGCAUAGCGUUUUGAACACAUUCUUUACUGUACCGAUCAGCGCGACGGAGAAGAAGAAGCGGGAGGAGCAAAAAGCAAAAUCAGAAUAUCUACAAAUCAAUGACCCUGCGCAGUAUCUAUUAACCAAAGAGCAGAUGAUUGAGCAUGACUACCCUCUGCCAUCAUAUAUGGCAGACGUAUUCCAGAAGCCGGAUGAUACCUGGCUGGAAACACCGGAAGAGCCCCGGGAAAGCCUCUUGACAGCACCAGAUCAGAAGAAGCAGCUUGCUCGAAAAAUAUAUUCCCUAGAUUGUGAAAUGUGCAUGACAGAAGACGGUAAAGAGCUAGCGAGAGUUUGCAUCAUCGAUUUCCGCUCCGGAACCGUGAUAUAUGACCAACUAGUCAAGCCUUCCAAACCUAUCACGGACUACCUGACACGAUGGUCAGGUAUCACAGCCGAAGCUUUGGCUCCCGUGACGACGACGCUGUCGCAAGUCCAAGCGCACCUUCUCCGCAUCCUGAGCCCAUCAGCCACCGACCCUUCAUCAACUCCGUUCCUAACCCCCAUCCUUCUUGGUCAUUCUCUCGAGUCGGAUCUACGAGCGCUUAAGCUCUGCCACCCUUUCUGCAUUGACACAGCUGUUAUAUUCCACCACCCUCGUGGCCGCCCUCUAAAACCCGGCUUAGCUUGGCUCACUAAAAAGUGGUGCGGACGCGAAAUCCAAACGCACGGUGAGGGUGGACAUGAUCCGGAAGAAGAUGCGGGCGCGUGCGUAGAUUUGCUGAAGAAAAAGUUAGACAACGGCCCCUCGUUUGGUGAAUUCAAGACUGAUUAUGAAUCGAUCUUUGAACGAUUGGCGAGGUCAAAACGGAGGGCAGGAGGACCAAUAGGUAGCAUCAAAGGUGCUGUGAUUGACCAUGGGAAUCCGAGUGUGAUGCACGGAAAUAAGGCCACAACAAGUAUAGGGUGCAAGGACGACGAUGAGGUGCUCAAAGCCCUGCUAGAGGUUGUCCCAUCGCAUCAUUUCGUAUUUGCGAGGUUCAUGGCAUUGGCUAAUAUACUAGGGUGGACUACGCCGAAACAAUCUCCUGAUUCCCCACCUUCAGAGCCAGCACCACCACCGUCAGCCGAGCAACUCGGCGCGGUCUUAGAUGUCCUCAAUGCGCACCUUAAGACGCUCCACGGUGCGCUUCCUUCGCGAACAGCGUUAAUAAUCUUCACUGGUCACUCCGAUCCACGUCGUAUGGCCGCGCUAAAUGCACAAAAAGCAGCUUUUGAGACUGCCAUACGGAGUGGCAAGCUCAGCGAUGGGCUGCAACCCGAAGAGCGGUGGACGGCAGCGCAUGUAAGAGAGCUAGAGUCAGCUGUUGAGGUGACGAAGCGUGGGCUGUUAUUUUUGGGUGUAAAACCCUAGUUGUAUGUUUUGACUGGUUUGACUUAAUGCUUGAGCCCUGCUUUUGAUAUGCUGAAAUUAUUGCGAAAAUUAUUGCGAAGGAACGGCCCUGCGUGUUGUGCCACGCCUGAAAUUCCUAAGACGCCG